CUCCCACAUGUUGCAUGUCUGUGUGUUAUUAAGCCUGGUUUUGCCACUGCAGACCUGCUGGUAUUAUGGAAGAGGUUUGGAGCGCAGCUUUCAAACGCGGCAACAAGCAGAUGUUUCAGUUUCCAACCUGAAGAACAGGUUCUGCAGAUAUGAAAGCAGCUAAGUGUCUGUUCAAGAUUGUUACCGCCCUCUGACUCUUUCUGCCUCCUCCCACUUUGAACUUGUUACCCUGGAGCCGAACUGUUUGAAUAAGGGCUGUAAAAGCUGCUUUGUGAUCAGUUAGCUGAGAGCCCUCAACAUGUAAAGCGCAGGGAGGAGCCUUCUCUCUCUGGUUUUGCAGUUCCCUCCCCUCCAUUUUUUUUUUUGUCAUGCUCAUGGAAGUUCCGAUGUAACAUGGAAAGAAGUUGGGACAGGUUGACUGCACAGUCCAGAGAGGAAAGACAAAGGUUUGUGGCAUGCUAGAGAUCCUGGAAAGAUUGACUGCUGAACUUGUGUCAUGCUGGGAAGGACCAUCGCAUCCAUUCUACCAGGGCUGAGCUCAGUUGUCAUUCUCUGUCUGCACUGACACUGUAUUUUUUACUCUUCAACAUGUGGAAUACGUGUCUGCAGAGUUAAACCAGGACAAUCUCCUGAAAAUGGAAUUCCACAGAAGGCACAUGCUGUAAUUUCUUGAAUAAGCCAACAACAUCCUCUAAAUUUUAUUUUUUUAUUUUUUUUGCGGAUUUUUAUUACUCAACUGAAAGAGCAAGCAGUGUUGCUAGAUUGCUCUGAAAGCUAGAGAUGGCUCUGCCUUCUCCAAAAUCUGUGGCAGGAGAUCUAACACAAAGAGGAGAACUCAUGCUCCAUAAUGAAAGCUGUUUCCAUUUCCUCUCUACAAACGUCAUCGCAGUAGUGGAAAGAUGUAUGAGCUCCAUGCAGGCCGGUACCCAAAUGAUCAAACUCCGUGGUGGUUCCAAAGGGUUGGUCCGCUUCUAUUACCUGGAUGAGCACAAGUCAUGCAUUCGCUGGAGACCCUCCCGAAAGAAUGAGAGAGCCAAAAUUUCCAUCGACUCUAUUCAAGAAGUUUGUGAGGGGAAGCAAUCGGAGAUCUUUCAGCGCUAUGCUGAUGGCAGUUUUGAUCCUAACUGCUGCUUCAGCAUCUACUAUGGAGAUCAUAUGGAAUCCCUUGACCUGGUGUCUUCCAGUGGAGAUGAAGCACGUACUUGGAUCACAGGGCUAAAAUACCUGAUGGCAGGGAUCAGUGAUGAAGACAGCCUCUCAAAACGCCAAAGAACCAGAGACCAGUGGUUGAAGCAGACGUUUGAUGAAGCAGAUAAAAAUGGUGAUGGCUGUCUGAGUAUUAAUGAAGUGCUCCAACUAAUGCACAAACUGAAUGUCAACCUACCCCGACAAAAAGUCAAGCAAAUGUUCAAGGAGGCUGAUACAGAUGAUAACCAGGGCACGCUAGGCUUUGAUGAGUUCUGCACCUUCUACAAGAUGAUGUCAACACGACGUGAUUUGUACUUGCUAAUGCUCACCUACAGCAACCACAAGGACUUCCUGGAUACAGAUGACCUGAGACGCUUUCUGGAGAAUGAACAAAAGAUGACAAAUGUGACCAGAGAGCACUGCCUGGAAAUUAUCGAUAAGUUUGAACCAUGCCUGGAAAACAAGAAGGCAGGAGCUCUGGGGAUUGAUGGUUUCACCAAUUACAUGCGGAGUCCCUCAGGGGACAUUUUCAACCCAGAACACUACCAAGUGAAUCAGGACAUGAGUUACCCUUUGAGUCACUAUUUCAUUACCUCUUCACAUAAUACCUACCUCAUGGGAGAUCAGCUGAUGUCCCAGUCUAGGGUGGACAUGUAUGCAUGGGUGCUACAGUCUGGCUGUCGCUGUGUUGAAGUUGACUGCUGGGAUGGGCCGGAUGGUGAACCAAUUGUCCACCAUGGAUACACUUUGACUUCCAAAAUUCUCUUCAAAGAUGUGAUUGAAACUAUCAACAAAUACGCCUUUAUCAAGAAUGAGUACCCUGUUAUCUUGUCAAUUGAGAACCAUUGCAGUGUAAUUCAGCAGAAGAAGAUGGCCCAAUAUCUUACAGAAAUUCUGGGUGACAAACUGGAUCUGUCUUCUGUGCACAAUGAUGACUCUACCAGGCUCCCUUCACCAGCAAGUCUUAAAGGGAAGAUACUGGUUAAGGGGAAGAAACUUCCAGCCAACAUUAGUGAUGAUGCAGAGGAGGGUGAAGUUUCUGAUGAGGACAGUGCUGAUGAGAUUGAUGAUGACUGUAAAAUAAUGAAUGGAGAUGCAUCUACAAAUAGGAAAAGAGUGGAGAACAUAGCAAAGAAAAAACUUGACUCACUGAUAAAAGAAUCCAAAAUCCGUGACUGUGAAGAUCCAAACAAUUUUACAGUUGCCACUCUGCCAUCAUCUGGGAAGACUGGUCAGAAAUCAGACAGUAAGAAGAAUAAACUUGAGGAUGAUGUGGAAUCUGGGGAAGACUUCAUCACCAAUAAAAGGCACAGCCGGACAUUGAUGGGCAGCUUUUCUAAACGCAAGAAAAAAGGAAGCAAAUUGAAAAAAUCAACCAGUCUGGAAGAAGGUGAAGAUGAUGCUGAUUCUCAAGGAAAUGUAGCCAGAGGCUCUGUACAUUACACCAGGAUAAACCGGCAGAAGAAAACAAUGAAGUUGUCACGGGCACUCUCAGACCUGGUGAAAUAUACAAAGUCUGUUGGCAUCCAUGAUGUUGAAGCUGAAAUCUCUUCCAGCUGGCAGGUUUCAUCUUUCAGUGAAACAAAAGCCCACCAGAUACUGCAGCAAAAGCCAGCACAGUAUCUACGUUUCAACCAACAUCAGUUAUCCCGCAUCUACCCGUCUUCCUACCGCGUGGACUCCAGCAACUACAAUCCCCAGCCAUUCUGGAAUGCGGGCUGCCAACUCGUGGCUUUAAACUACCAGUCAGAGGGGAGAAUGCUGCAACUGAACCGGGCCAAAUUUAGUGCCAAUGGGAAUUGUGGCUAUGUCCUCAAACCAGACUGCAUGUGUCAAGGCAUCUUUAAUCCAAAUUCUGAAGAUCCACUGCCUGGUCAGUUGAAGAAGCAGCUGGUUCUAAGAAUUAUCAGUGGUCAACAGCUCCCAAAACCACGGGAUUCCAUGCUGGGAGACAGAGGAGAGAUCAUAGAUCCAUUUGUUGAAGUAGAAGUUAUAGGCCUACCUGUUGAUUGCUUCAAAGAACAAACUAGAGUAGUUGAUGAUAAUGGAUUUAACCCAAUGUGGGAAGAAACAUUGGUGUUCACGCUGCACAUGCCAGAGAUCGCGUUGAUUCGGUUCCUGGUGUGGGACCAUGAUCCAAUUGGGCGGGAUUUUAUUGGACAAAGAACAAUAGCUUUCAGCAGUAUGAUGCCAGGUUACCGACAUGUAUACCUAGAAGGUAUAGAAGAGGCAUCCAUCUUUGUUCAUGUGGCUAUUAAUGACAUCUGUGGUAAGGUCAAACAAGCUCUGGGCCUAAAAGGCCUAUUUCUCAGAAAUCCAAAGCAGGCCUCCCUGGACAGUCAUGCUGCUGGUCAGCUCCACCGCAAACAUUCCUUUAGCAGCCACAUCUUGAGACGGACAGCAAGUGCACCCACCAAAAGCCAGAAGAAGAAGAAGGGCUUUCCUGAAAUUGUUUUUGACACAAAAGACAACAGCUCUGAAGGGGCCAGUGAAGACCACGAAGCAGAAGCUGCCUCACAGCCUUGCUUUGCGCAAGAGUCAGACAGUGCUUCUCUGUCACCAGCUCCCAGGGAUGGUGCCAGUGGGGAGAUACAAGGCAAAGGGUUGAAAGUAGAUGUCAGCCAUUUCUCGAUGCAGAGGUCAGUCACUUCUUUAUGCAGCCUAGAAACCAUCACUGAAGAGCCUGUUAUUGCAAAUGAAAGCCAUCAUGCCAGCCUCUUCUUUCCUCUACCCAUUACUCCUUACAGUGAUUCUGAAGAAGGAUCUAUGUCUGAUCAUUCCAGUGAAUCUCAAACAAAAGGGAGCAACCCAUCAAACCGGCCUCCAGAACCUCUGCUCACUAGAGAACAAAGACCAAAUUUGGCUGCAGAAGACCAGAUGCAGACAGCCACAAAAGCAGCUGACAUCAAUGCCUUAGUCCAAGACAAUGAGAGGACAAGCGUGGCAGGACUUCUCAAAGAAGAAAAUGGUUGGACACAGGCAUGCAGUGAAGCUGAAGAUCAAGUUAAUUUGGCAGCGCAUCCUCAGAAAGCCUGGCUGGGGGUGGCAGAAGCUCAGAGUGCUGGCCAGCCUGUUGAAAACUGCCAGAAGCAGAAAGACCAAACAGGGCAGGUAUUGAAAGACUUGAAAACCGCUGCUGUAUUGAAAAGCCAAAAGCCUGGUGCAGCAGCUGUCCUGCAGCAAAACAAUGUGAUUAAUGGCUCACAUCCAACUUUGUCUCCAGAUAUUUUCCAGAAAGCCCAGGCUUCACAGGCUCUACCUGUUUCUCAGACGAGCUCUUACAUGUUAAUAAGGAAGUCAAAGAGUGAAGGGCUGAAAAAGUCAGACUCCUCAGCUGUAAUAAAAAAUCCAAGUAGCCUAUCUCCAGCAGCAGAAGUAUACUUUGAUGCUACUGUUAAUGACCGGAUCUGGAGCAAGCUAGAUUGCAGCAAUCAUCGUGACAGCAUGUCUUCCUCUUCCAGCAUGUCCUCCAAUGACACUGUGAUAGAUCUCUCUCUACCUAAUCUAGCUCGCAAAAGCCUUCCAGAUCUUGGCAUCCGGCAUGAGAACUUUGAGCCCCUUACCAUGAGAAGGGGUAUUCGCCCACGGUCUGCUACAACGUCAGGUAAUGAAAUGCCAAUAGUGAGCAAGAGUAAAUCCAAUCCUAACCUGAGGUCUGACCAGCUGCCAGCGGAUGAAUUAUGCCCCCGUCCUCUUGCAAGGAGUCCUCAGGAUGCAUUCUCAUCCAUUCCUAGGAGGCAUACCUGGAGCAGGCUGUACAUAGAAAGUCUCAGGCAAUCUUCUAACAAAUCCAAAGCACAGGAUAAGGUUGGGAAUAACCAGGUGAAAUCCAAGAGUCUUGGAGACCUUACCUCUGAUGACAUUGUGUGCACUUUUGAAAGCAAAUAUCGUAGCAUCAGCAGGAGUUUUGUCACUCGAUCAAUGCGUGAGCAGCGCCGCUCUGCAGGUCUGAGAACCUCUGUCAGACCCCAGGAUGAAUUGACUGAGCAGCUGAAGAAGCUAACAGCCUUUCAGCAGGAAAAUGAUAUCACUUCCCCCAUCAGUCUGGAUCCAACUGAAUCUGAAGAGGAAGCGGAGAGCUUAGGACUCCUUCGCAGGUCAUCAUCUCGCAGUCAGAGCAGGGUGCGGUACAUUGCCAACAGGGCCAAGCAAGCUCAGGAGAGACAGCGACUGCAAAGCCUGGGCCAGCUCAGUGGGAGUCCCAUUGAAGAGAGAGGAAAUCCAGAGGGGGCCUGCAGCGUUUCAAAAGCAGUCUGUAUGGAUAUAGCUUCUCCUGCUGUGUUUACAUCCCAGCCUAAGAACCAAACUGACUAUAAUACUGACACAGAAGUCUUCUUUAUGCUGAAACUGUAAUUCUAGAGGGCACUGAGUAAGGUGAUGUUUACAUUCAAGACAAAACAUAGUGACCUGAGAGGCACAAAAUAUCCUUGUAUGGCUUAGUGCUUCCUGGCCUUCCCUAGAUGGCAAAGACACUUAAGAUCCUGACUCCAGAAGAAUAGAUGAGUGUUCGACUUGUCACCCGUCUGUGGAAUUCGAUCAACCAAGUGAAAUCAGAGACAUAUUUUUACAGUCUUAAUGACCUGACCUCCUUUUUUUGUUACUUUUUUUCCAGCCUCAAAUCUGGCCUCCUUUGCAGUGUGACCACUUCUUUGCACUUGCAACUUGCUCUGUGCAAAACUUUUGCUCCUUAUUACUUUCAUUAAUUGCUUUGUCUAGCAGUUAAACGUCAGUGAUGUUAGCAACAGCUAAUGUUACUCUUAUGAAUUAUGUAUCUGUGAAAGGAGGCUGGAUUUGAAAUCACGUAGCUUGUUUUGGUGUUCUCAUGAAGAGCUGGAGGCAUCUGGGAAACGGUCAAAAUUGCAGUGGAAUUCUUUCCUUAAUUAAUAAUAUAGUAGAUAAAGUCUUAUUUCAAUGAAAAUCCAUAUUGUCGCACUCUUUGAAGAAAGAAAAUCUGUUGCCAUGUUCCAAAGGAAUGCUUUUUUUUUUUUUUAAACCAAACUUGUUUUUAUAUAUAUAUAUAAAAAAGUAUAUAUGUAUGCCUCUGUGUGUAUGCAGGUAUGUGUCUGCUUGUAUGUGUACACAUGCACACACUUAGACUGAACUGUGACUGUUUCUUGUCUCAAAACAUCAUCUGUGGGAAUGAGAUGAGAAGGGAGAAUUAGUCAAAAAAGGCAGGAAACGUCUUCUGACACUGAUUCAGAAAUGACUAAAAAGCACACUGAUCUUUUCUUGAAAACAGAACCAUCCCUUCUUUAUGGUAUUUUAACAAUGCUGCUGUACAUAGCACUUUUUUGGAUGAAUUUUACUACUUCUGUAUUGCACUGCCAUGCAAAAUUUUCAAUGAUAUGUUUUAAAAUAUAUAUAUUUAAUUUUUUUAGAUGAACAUAUUUAGAGUUAUAUAGCAAGCUAAACAGAAUAACCAUUUCUCCUCCCCAUUUUUUUAAUGUUUUUUUUUUCCUCCAUCCCAUCUCCCCCCUCCAAAGUCAUUUAUUAUAGAUGUAUUUUAUCAGUGAUGGAGAAGAUUGUUUACUGAGAUGCAUUUUAAAGAGAAAGAGGUUUAAUUUUAUUUUCAAGCUGCAUAGGGCCCCUAUUAUUGAGAAAAUAUUUUGCUUUUGUUUGUAAUGAUUCUUCUGUGUAUAUUGCAAAAUCUAAAAAUUUGUUUGUAAGACCACCUUGUUCUACUAAAAUAAACAUAUUUAAUCUUCCA